UUUGUUUUUUUUUUUUUUUCGGUAGAUGACGGGUACCGGUUGACCAACAUGGGCUACGACUACCUGGCGCUGAAGUCGCUGACGCUGCGCGGGUCGGUCGCCGGGUUUGGGAACCAGAUUGGGGUGGGCAAGGAGAGUAACAUCUACACGGUGGGGGAUGAGGAGGGCAAUCCGUUAUGCUUAAAGUUGCACCGGUUGGGACGGGUUUGCUUCCGGAACGUGAAGGAGAAGCGGGACUAUCACGGGAAGCGGCACAAGAUGAGUUGGUUGUAUUUGUCGCGGAUUUCGGCGACGCGGGAGUAUGCGUACAUGAAGGCGUUGUACGAUCGCGGGUUUCCGGUGCCGCGUCCGGUGGACUUUAACCGGCACUGCGUAAUUAUGGAGCUGGUUGAUGGGUACCCGUUGACGAACGUGGCCGAGGUGGGCAAUGUGGAGCAGUUGUACGAUGAUUUGAUGAACUUGAUUGUGCGGUUGGGGAAUUGCGGAGUUAUUCACGGAGAUUCCAACGAGUUCAACGUGAUGAUCACGGAGGAGGACCAGCGGCCGAUCUUGAUCUAUUUUCCCCAGAUGGUGUCGACAUCGCAUCCGAACGCGGAGAUGAUGUACUUUGAUCGGGACGUGCAGGGCGUUCGGGAUCUGUUUCGGAAGAAAUUUGGGUAUGAAAGUGAAGAACAUCCCAAGUUUAGCGAUCUGGAGCGGGAGGAUGAGCUGGACCGGGAGGUUCUCUGCUCUGGGUACGGAUUUACGCAGGAGAUGGAGGAGGAUCUGCACAAGGAGUAUCAUCAGGAGGGAGGUACGGAGGUACCGAGGAAGGAGGAAACUUAUUUACGUACCGAAAAUCCAAAAGUCGAGCAACCAAAACAAUCCCGAGAAACGUCAAAUCAGAUCGGCUACACGCUAACAGGGGAAUACUCAAAUUUAUCUUGACAGUUCGACAGAGAGACUGCGCAACAGAUUUUUUUGCGGAACAGAUCUGUUGCGCACUUCGGUUUGGUGGAAUAAAGACAAUAUUGUUCUCGCAAGUACACUUCGUGAGCAUCGCAUAUAAAUGGUAUGUGCGAUAUGCUAUAGAUUUUUGCAGUAUGAUUCUACACAUGAAACUUAUAUGCAAUGUUCACAACAUUUAUGAACGGGCCUCGAAUGUGUGGCAUAAACGAAUUUUGCAAAACAUGAUGGCGAAGAAUAGAAAAAAACAGCGUUGCUCCAAGUUUUGCCUUCAAAUAAAUUGUGAUUUUCUUUAAGAUAAGUUCCUGCAACCUGAUCCGGCUGGUCCAUGGAGAUGCAAAACUCCGGCAUGGAACCGUACGAUAAAGAUUCUGAUCUCGAUUCUGAUUGUAAGUGACGUCCAGCUGAGGUUUAACGAAAAGGGUUUUAUUCGAGGUGUGCUUCCGCUUUUAAUUCCAGGUGGUUCCCCAAGGGUUAAUUUACAGCAGCGAUGCUCGGUUCGAGCGUCUCUUCCAUGAGGCCAAACUGUUUCUCGAGAAGCCGGAAGAUGACGGGUAGUUCAACAUUAUGGAGCUGCAUCAGAACCGGGCUGAGGACCGAAAAACUAUCAGCCGGACUUUUUUGGUCGUUUCCAAGUUACGUUAGUCAGCCCGGUUCGACGGUGGCCACUUCCCUGGCAAAGGUCGAUACCAUCAAAAAGUGCUACGCCAUUUUGUGCAUUCACAUGUGUCCGGAGCUGCAGACGGAUAGCCCGAGACGGUUUAAUUGACGGAGUUGAGAACGCGUUGCGGCUGAACGCGGGAGACGUGAAACUUUGCGACGCAAAAGGUCGAGGAUCGAGCGGUUGAAAGCCGUGGAUGAGCAGCAGUACAACUCGAUCGGGAAUGGACAGGACAACAGUGGCCGGAUCGUGAACACGGAGGCAUGGUCACGCUCAAAGCUCUCCAGAACCAGUGACGGCCAAGCGGACGAAAUAGGUGGUCCAAUAGUGCACGGGUAGGUUUGAACAGGUUCUAAAAUCUUCUUGAUUUCAUUUCUUUUCUCUUUUUUUACAAUUAUUAGCCGAUUGCGAGCGGGACGUCCUGCUGGUCACAACCUACAGCCGGAAUCAAGUUACGGACAACACCGACCAGCAGCUGUUUCAUUGGUGCAUGGCCAGGCCAGGUUCUCCGCUCCACUCCGGACGCGCCUAGAAGGCCAGUACAAAUCGCUGAAGUGGAUUCCGAGACGUCACAACUGGGCAAAUCAUUUUUAAUAUAAUAAAUUAACAAAAACAUUGAUAUGCUUGAAUAAAAGUUAUGGACAAAAAAACAAAUUGUUUGAAAUUUUCUAAUAAUGGAGUAGUUUUACCACAUCAGGAUUAACUAAUAAUUAUUACAAGUAGAACAAUUGGGAAUCAAAUGAAAAUUCACUUGUAAAUUAUGAAAACUGCUUAUACAUGCUAUGAGCAUUGCAUAUACUUCUCAUAUGCCGAGUACAUACAUUUUAUAUGCGCUGGCAUAUUUCAAAUUCAUAACCAUUAGGCUUAGUGAUUUUUCACGCUCGAAAAUAGCAAAUUUCACGGGGACCUCAAUUUCAAAACACCCAAUUUCACGCAAAUUUCGCGGAGCGUGAAAAAUGUUAAAAUAAAUCUGAAAAUCUUAUGUUUAAAUCACAGAAACUACUUUUUAUGCUUUACUAUAUAUUAUUCUUCAAUAAACUGACGUGAACGUGACAAAAAAAGUCUCCUAAUUAUAUAAAAAACUAAAUGUAAGGCAUGCGUAUUCUCAUUUAUUGGAUUGCAUUUUUAAUAUCCAACUACAACAGGUUUAAAAGUUUUCGCUGAUUUGCUUCUGUUUUAUCAGUUUAAAUUUUAUUGAAUUUCAUAUCAAAGCAAGAUUCAACAAUCUUGACCAUCCAAAAUAUGAAAAAUAUUUUAAAUUUUCUUCAACAUUUAGACAAUUCAAAAUAAUUUUUAAGGUUUUCAUCUCUCUUUUUAAAAAACUAAAUUUAAAAUCCAUAGGCAGAAAUAUUAUAAAUUGUUACGAAAUCGAAAUUUUUAUUAUAUUAUAUUUUAAGGGUGCACAGCAUCCAAGGAAGCUGUUGUCUUCUUAUUCCAAAUUUGUCAAACUUACGGACCCAAUCCUGCAAGAAUCUGACUGUAAAAAUAGUCAAACCUUGUUGUAAAUAACUACGAAGACAGUAAUUCAGGGGAUGAAUAAAAAAAUAUAUCAAUAGUUCCCGUAGUUUUGAAGAAAAAAAAAUGUAUUUUUUAACUUUCAAGGGAAUUAUUCACACAAAUAAUAAAAUAUUUUUAUAAUAAAACAGGACUCAGAAGAAAAUCUGAAAUGUUUUAAAAA